AUGACACUCGAACAUUCAAUCUCUCUUAUCAUGAAUGUAACUAUGAAUAAAAGUUUUCGUCCAAAAAUACUCUAUUAUUUAAAUAUGAAAAUUGUCGGAUCUACUAGACGUCCAGGUAAUCUUAAAUGGAGUACAACAGGAAUAACAAUCAUUGGGAAUGGUUAUGGUUCAGGUCCAGAUCAAUUAGAAUUUCCUGAAGGUUUAUUUAUCGAACCCAAAACACAAAUUUUAUAUGUUGCUGAUGUUUCCAAUAAUCGUGUGCAACGCUAUCAAAAUGGUGAAAUAAAAACAGCUGCAGGUCAAGCUAAUGCUUCCAGUGGAUCAACAUCAGACAAACUAAAUGGUCCACGAGAUGUUUUUGCAGAUGAAAAUGAGAAUGUUUUCGUUGUUGACGAAGGCAACCAACGAAUUCAAUUUUGGGAGAAAAAUGCUAAACAUGGAAAAACUGUUGCUGGGAAUGGAAGUGCCGGUUCAGCAUUAAAUGAAUUUAAUUAUCCAAUUAGAGUUUUGCUUGAUUCGAAGAAAAAUAUAAUCGUUGCCGAUUUUCAAAAUGAACGUAUAACAAGAUGGCCAUCUACAUAUGAUCCAAAAACAUCUAUCGGUACAAUUAUAGCAGGUGGUAAUGGUGCAGGUCUCAAUCCAUAUCAAUUAAAUAAUCCAACUGGUUUAUAUUUGGAUGAAUCAAAUAAUAUCUUAUAUAUAUCAAACGAAGAAUCCCAUUCAGUAACACAAUGA